UACAGCAUACACCUACAUGUGAAGUCAAGGAACAUGUAGAAGGUUGCAUUAGGUUUUUGAGUGCAAAUGUGUCAUGUCGUGCUUGGCUAUCCGUGAACUCACUCUAAUCACCCGGAUGAAAAAGGAUUGAGACAAAGGAAAUGACUGGGUAUGUCUUCCCUCCUGGUGGGCGGUGUUUAAGUGUCCAUUAAAAACCACAGUCCGUUCUCUCGAGUCAUUUUAUGCAAGUAUCCAGCUGACAGCCUCUGACUGAACUGCAGAAAUGGCAUUGAAUGGCAAAAUCGCGGUGGUGACUGGAGCAGCGAUUGGAAUAGGGAAAGCAAUGACGGAGAAGCUCCUCCAAAACGGUGCAAAGGUAACCCUCAUAGAUGUUAAUGAAACGGCAGGAAAGAAUUUAAUGGAAACCCUCCAGAAAGAGUACGGACAGGAUAAGACUCUGUUCAUGAAGUGUGAUGUUGAAUCAGAGGAGCAGAUCAAAGAUGCCUUUCAUAAAACCAUUGAAACAUUUGGAGGAAUAGACAUCCUGUGCAACAAUGCCGGCAUCUUGGAUGAGAGUCAGUGGGAGAAAACUGUCUCCAUAAACCUUGUGGGUGUUAUCAGGGUGGCAUACCUGGCUCUGGAACAAAUGAGCAAGUUGAGCGGAGGUCGGGGAGGAGUCAUCAUUAAUACGGCAUCCUUGGCAGGUCUUGGCCCUCUACCAAGCUGUCCUGUCUAUACAGCUACGAAGCACGGAGUGAUCGGCUUCACUCGAGCCAUGGGGGCUGCCUCAGCCGUCUCAGGCUAUGGUGUACGAAUCAACGCAAUUUGUCCAGGAUUCGUCCAAACUGACCAAUUUUCCAGCAUACCAUCCAAACUGGGGAAACUCUCCCACAUGGCUGAUUCAAACCAACAAUUAAUAGAGAAAUUGGGGAUAUUAACUGUGUCUGAGUUGACAGACUCCUUCCUCGAGCUGGUGACAGAUGAGACAAAGAAUGGAGAGGCCCUCCUGGUGGUCCCAACAAGAAAACAAUAUGUGACAUUUCCUGGAUUCCCAUAGUGGCUUUGCGCUAUGUGUACAGCAGACAACGACUUUUAUCUAAAAUGUCUUCAUGAGUAGUCAAUCUGAAGUACAUGAAAUGUCUGAGCUGUAGUCUUCUAUCUUCUCAUUCACUUUACUACCAGUUUAACUCAUUGCUUUUACAAUUACAGUAGCAGUGUUGGGUAGUAAUGUAUUACUGGUAAUAAUAUUGCUUUCAACAGUAAUGAGUAGUGUAAUGUACUACUAAUAUUACAAUAUUACUUUUUUGUGG